AUGGCGGAACAGAAGCAGCUGACUGUAAAACGAAAAGUGAUUGAAAAUGAAGUUUCUAGUGCCAGUUCGGGAAAUGAUUUCGAUUCAGAUGAUAGUGUGAAGGACCGAAAUUAUUAUCCUGAUGUUGGCAGCUCCGAUUCUUUGACGGACGACGAUUUAUCGAUAAAAAACUACGACUUCUUUGCAAACAGAUUGCAGAAGGAAGACGUGUUCCAAAAAAUGACGCACGAAGGAAGCACCACACUAGACCCAAUAAGAUUCUAUAUGAGCAAAUACAAUCUGCUCAUGAUCAAGGCUUUUCCAAAAUAUGUUAGCCAUUACAGUAGAAAGAAGAAUCCCAACAGAGUAUACUUAGAUCACGACGUUUCCAUCUCUUCUCUGUACAAAGAUUUUUACCUUGACUGGUGUAAAGAUAAAAACAUUACACCAGCAAAAAAGAUAUGUAAUGAAGGAUAA